CACUUUUACACAAAGCUUCUGAGAGAAAGUCAGAGGUGAGAUCCAGACUUACAGGUCAUUGCCAGAUUACAGGUAUGUGGCCUUUACCAACCUUCUUUGUGUGUUUUUUUCAUCAGCAGUUUGAAAAGCAGCAGUAAUAAGAGUUUUGUUUUGUAUGUUUUCACAAAUUUUUCAUUAACCGGUGUAAUUGUUGUAACCAUGCUUUUCAGGACUGUUAAACUUGUUCUGUCUGUUUAAGGUGCCCACAGUUUCAGCUGUAAAACCCAAUAAAGCGGAAUCAUGUGUUGGACUGUAUGGUGACAGAAGCUUUUUGAUUGGUGCUACUUUUUGGGGUUCAUCUAAUUUAUUUAUUUAUUUUUUUUCUCGUUUUUUAUGUGCUCAAGCUAUGUUAAAUGUUUAUGUUUAAAAACAUGGCUAUGAGUGCUCUUUCUUACUGUGAGCUCACAUGGUUGUCUGGUCUGUUUGCCAUAACAUUUCACGAGUGAGUACUUACAUAUCUAUCUUGCCGGAGACUUUGAUUUCUUGACGUUCACUAAUUGGGGACAACCUUUAAAAGAGCGAUAUCCAGGGUACCCUCUCUUAAAUAUGCUUUAAGCCAGUGGUUCUCAAGUGUCCCUUCUUCAACACCCCUAAAGCCCCAUGAGAAGAAUUCAUCAUAGCACACCCCCCACUUCACCUCUCAUCAAUUUCAAUUCUCUCUGGUGCCCUAGCCUAGACCAUGGUAGGGUACCAAAGCUAUCUAGUCAACAUCACAAGGAAGGGGGCUGAAAUUGUCAUUUAUUCUUUAUAUGUAGAUGAAAAGUGAUUUUGAACUUUUGAAUUUUGCAACAUCUCAUGUCGAGACUUAAUGUCGAUACUGGCAUACUUCUUCAAUUUUUUCUAUUCUUUUUUUCUUCUACCAACAGCGGACAAGCUAGCAAAACACAGACAUUUUGGAGAGUCAGUUUUGGACAUAGUCUAUGUGUGUGUGUGUGUAUAGAUACUUAUAAUCCUUUCUUUCAAUAAACUGAGCUUUAAUUAUAUAUUCACCAACAGAGGACAGGCUGAAGAAAGAGGGACAAUUUGGAGUCUGUCUAACGGAUAUUUUAUCCCUAUAUGUGUAUAUUUAUACUUAUGCACCUAUCAAACUGGGGACUUUGAUUUUAUUUAGAUAUCCACUAAUAAGGUUAAUACUGACAGAGUGGGAGAUGUCCCCUUGGUUGUGAUGCUAACUGUGUGUGUGUGUGUGUGUGUAUGUGUAUGUGUGUGUGUGUAUUGUUGUCAUGCACAUAAUAACGUAAUGAGUGCUGUAAACCUCAUCAGUGCGCAGUUUUUCUUCCUCUCUCUCUGCUUCUCUUCAGUUCUUCCUGAUGUGAACACUGAUAAAGGAAGUGGACCAUUGACUUACACACAGACACACGCAAGGACUCAAACACGGACAGGUGAGCACCUCAGGUCACGCUUUUUUUGUUGAAUUAAAUCUGCAGCACUGUGAGAAAACCUUUCUGAAUGAUAUUAAGAAAGUGAGAUAAUUCAGACUUUGUUAGGAUUGAUGCCAACUUGAGACAAAAGUGUACUAAUGCUAGUACACCUUAUGUCAGCUUUAAUUAACAAUCUAACCUAAAUAUAAAUGUUAUUUAGAAUGCUAUAAUGUGUUACACCAUCUUUAUUGCAUCAAGGUCCUCUGACAAACACUUGAAGUUUUAUUACAAAAUUACGUUGAAAAAUACUUCUGCAGAAGUUUGAAGUUUUAGGUGUUUUAUUUAGACGCUAAUGAUUAUGUGUAAUUUUUUUAUGAGUAUUUCUGCACAUACUGAACAAACUGAACAUAAAAGGGUUAGUCUCAUGAUAAUUACAUAGGAAGCUCUUCUGUCAGCUGGGUCAAAAUGGUUAACUGGUUGACCACAGUCUCACUGACAGCUCAGCUGACAUUAAAUAGCACAGUGUAUGAAAAAGCUGGUUUCACAUGCGCACAAGACUUGAGCAGUGCUGCAAGGAGAUUAAGACUGAAUGUUAAUGCCAAAAUUUGCAUUUAAAGUGAUAUUUUAUUUGUUUGGGAUGUAAAGCUGCAAAGUUUUUGGCACAUGGUUUGUGUAAAGAAAAGUUUCCAUGAAAAAAGUAUUUUGUCAAAGUGUGUUUUGAGUUUUAGAUUUAGUUUAUUGGCUUACUUUUCAGUUUCUUCACACAUUAGAGACAACUUAAAAAGAAUUAGAAUAAAUGGACUGUCAUAUCCAUACCUGCAUGAGCAAUUGGCCACCAAUUUUUUUGCUUUAACCUAAUCCCUGGUCUUAUACUUUCAUUUUUGCAAAUAGUCAAACACUUUGUAAACCCUGUUUUUUUAAGUGCUAUAAAAUACUGUUAUAAUAAUCAUCAUAUUUUAACUACUAUCACUAAGAUGACAACAACAAUAAUAAUAAUAAUAAUAAUAAUGAUAAUAAUAAUAAUAAUAAUAAUAAUAAUAAUAAUAAUAAUAAUAAUAAUAAUUGUUAUUAUUAUUAUUAUUAUUAUUAUUAUAAAAGUCAUUAUCAUUUUUGUUACUUUUUCUCAUUUAUCAUUCAUCUCUUAUUAUCUUAUUUUAGAGACUACAUGCAAGACCCAUGAUAAGCAGAUUGGACUCCUUGUUGGCUCUUUGGUUCAAGCGUACCUACCAGUACUGAUUUUGCUGGGAUUUAACCAAAAUUUUGUGUUCGGUCUAACUCAGUCAGAUGUUCAGCCAAGCACUUUGGUUAGCUGUAGUUUAUUUUGGCUCACAUGUGAGUUCCCUCAGUCAAGGUUUUCCUUGUCGAAACUGUGGUAAUUUGUCACUUCUCUCUGAGCAUGAACCGCUUAUCUCAUGAUGUUUGAAAGCUCUCUGAUGCCCCAGCUCUCUUUGGUCAUUCAGGAACAUGCAGAACAUGGAGGGAACAUUGUCCUUUCACCUGUCUCCAAUGUCCAACCACACAAAUAUCAGUGGUUCAUCCCUCUGCAGCCAAGCUGAUCCCUCUGCCCAUCUUUUCUUCAUUCUGUUCUACAGUCUGGUGUUUCUGGUGAGACUCAAAUACUCAGAUUUCCUCUUUCUGUGCUUAACAAAAGUGAUCUCUACACUGAUCUCUAGUUUCAUGAGUUAAAUCCUUUUCUCUAUACAGGUGGGUUUAUUCCUCAAUGGGUUCACCCUGAAGGUUUACUUCUGCAGCGCUCAGCAGCAGCUGUCCAGCAGCGUGACCAUCUACUUGAAGAAUCUGGUGGCUGCAGACUUCCUGAUCAGCCUCUGCCUCCCCAUAAGAAUCAUCCACUUUGCCAGCAGGUCCGUCACUGUGCAAAAGAUCUACUGCAACUUUGGAGCCUCUGCUUUCUACCUGAACAUGUAUGCCAGCAUCCUGUUCAUGGGUUAUGUUGCAGCAAACAGGUAGGAUGGGGUUGGGAUACACAGUGCAUUCAUCUAAUGCAAAGCAGCUGGUUUUACUAUCAAACUUGGGGAUUCAGAUAUGUGUAUGUAAAAAAACUUGCAAAUCCAGCCUUCUGGUGCGUUUCGACUUAUUUGAAGCCCUUUUGUAAAAUUAAUCAACUUUCUGCUUUUGACUAUCUGUUUUAGUUUUUAAGUAAACCCACAGACACAUAAAAAAGUUGUAAAGUGAGAUAAGUCAUUUGUGCAACUAUGUCAAUACCCAAAGAACACGUUGGGUUCACUAGUAUAAUUUUUCAUGAUCUGUAUGGCAACGAGUAAUUUAGUUUAUGUUGAAGCUUCAGAAGGACCACCUUAAGGACUGUUACUUGUGAAGAUUUUAUUUUGAAAGGAUAAAUGGUACCUGCUUUGAACUACAAAUGAUGAGAGUGAAUAAAAGAGGCAAAAAAAUAAAAAAUGGAGUAUAGUUUCAGCUGUAUUAGCACCCUUCAAAGUGACAGAACUCUUCUGUUACACUGCUCACCACACACCUCUAAGAGAAAAGCAAGUCAUUUAUUGAGCAUUAGCAGAUAGUAUUUUACAGAUUUAGAAAAAAGAAAAAACUCAUAUGCGGGUUAAACAUCCUGUGUGGGGUAGUUCAUGCAGCGCCUACAUGCAGGGUUGCAUCCUCAACUGCAAAAUCGGCACCUCCUCGCACUGAUGUUCAUGCAUCGGCUGAGAGGAUGUGUGUGAAAUUCUAUUGGCAAAGCUCCUGAAAUUUUAGAAGGAAUUCUCCAGAUUGCAUGUCUAAAAACAGCUUUAGGCUUAAUAACCUCAGUGCAUCAGUUUUUAAACCGUACGCAGUAAACAGGAUGUGGUUUCACUGUCUACAGCGGGCUAAAGACCAUCACCGUGGUUAAAAUAACGUGUUGCGACAAUUUUUAAGAGAUUCAUAGUGGGUUCGACACGUCAGGGUUUUCAGUGUUAGCAGGGUGGUUGUUUUACUGGAAGGAGCUCUGUGUGCUUCAUGGACUGGAUAGUGUCUCUUUGCACUUUGAUACCUUCAAAUAUCAGUCUUGUAUGUCGAUUUUUUGUCUUUGCAUGAAGCAGAAGUUAUAAAUUUUGUUCUUUGCUUCUGUGGUUUUCAGUUACUUCAGGUCACUGGUAAUUAGGGGAAGAUGAAACAGUGUCAUAAGGAAACGUGCUCCCAGGGAAGGAUAGAAAAAUGUUUCAAUGUCUGUAAAGCAGACAUCAUGAACAGUAGACAUUAUUUGAUGAUUAUGAUCAGCUGAAAAACCUCAGACUCUCAGUUCUUCUUGACAGACUAAAGAAAAGUUUCAAUGCUGGGAAACUGAACUCUGCGUCAGUUAAAAGGCUAUAAAUAUUCAGUUUUUGCUGCAGGUCCAACUCUCAUUCUAGAGAAGUGUGAAUUUAGCAUCAUUUUGUGCAAGAAGCAUGAAGAUGUGGUUUUCUAAUACAGAAGAAAGGUACAGAUAAUGCUACAGAUAAAGAGCAUCAUUGACUUUUGACAAAGUUUCUCAGGUGCUACAAAUAUCAUGAUAUUUGAGAUAAAGUUAACUCUGAAUUACUGAAAGUAGUGGUUCACAGGCUGAAGCUGUAGGUGUGUGUGGUGUCAACAUCCGGUUUUAGCUCCAUUUGCACUAUGUUUCAUGUUUUUACUGACAAGUGUGUACAUGUUACAUAUGCAUUUUAUGAUAAUAAAUAUUAGGAACACAUAAUAAUUUUCUGCAAGAACUGCUGGAUGGAUGUCAAACACUUAAGUCUGAAGUGAUAAAUCUGCAAAUAAAUCAGAAGUUUCUGACAUUUAAUUUGAUUUACUAUGUUAAUCUGAUAACUCCUCAAGCUGAAAACCAAAUUUUUGACUAGACUGUUUGAUUUAUCUGAACUUUAGUGAGCUCACAGGUGAGUUUUCUUGUCAAAAAAAAUUGUGGAUGCAGGGGCAAAUAUUAGUCUUGUGAUGUCUCUAAGAAACACGAGAGAGAGGAGGAGGGUAUAGUUCUAUGAUUAAGCCUGAGAAAAAGCAGCUAAUAAGGCAUUAGAACGGGUGUGCAGGUGGAAAAAUCUAAGGAUCUCUUGUGGUGCAAUGAGGUACAGCAUUUAAUGAAAAGGGUAAAACAGAAAUGUGGACAUGGAAACAGGUUCAUGUGUAACCAGGCCUGUUGCAUUUAAGCCAUUAGGAGUUCAAGCUCCUGCAGGCUUGGAGCUGAUGUCGUGUUUGGAUUUACAGGAUUUCUCUUUUGCAUAAACUCUGCAUUUAGAAGCAGGUAAAUGCAUCUUACAUGUUUAAACAUUUGCUGUUCUUUAUAACCUUUAAUUUUCAGCACGUCAGCCAGUUUAUUCUUUAGAACUUUUUCAUUUCCAUUGCUGUGAAAUUUGCAGCAUUUUGUUUUUGCAGAAUUUUUCAACUGCUAGAUAUUCAACAUGCCAUAAAUAUCUCAGUAUUAGAGCCUCAUGAGAGGAUCAGAGUCCAGGCCUGACCUCAGAGGUUCAGUACCUCACCAAAGCUGACUCACUCAGUAAGCUUUGUACAUGAAAGUUAAAAAGAUACCUUACGUUGCAGAUGGACAUUUCUGUCUACUGAUGUGUCUGAUCACAUGAGCUAGUUUAAAAGCUGUGGUUUGAUUAAAGUAGCCAGCAUGUUGCAUAACAAGAUCCAAAUGUGACCAUGUGGCGAACAACACAAACAUUAACACACAUUUUUAAAAGUGUCUUUCCUGUUGUUUUUCUGAUGAAGAAGACAGGUGAUAGUUUGUAAACCCAAGUGUUAACAUGAAAGAUUUAAUAUGAACCCAAUUACAAUGUUAAGUGAAUACACAAAGUCAGAAACACAAUAGAACCAGCAAAAUGAUUGAGAGAAUAAGGGCCAUCCCAAUUGUCAGUCUUUCUCCUUCCACUUCGUCUUACCUCUCUGUAUACCCCUUCCCCUUGGCUCUCUGUUUUAAGGGCAAGAGGAAGGGGUGAAAACAUGCCCCUAAGAAAUGAGACACCACUCAAUCCUCGCUACGUCGUUAUGCCUUUCUGUUUGAAGUGAAUUUGCCAACCGAGUCUGACAUCAAUGUAGCUAUCAAUAGCUAUAGCUUUGUUAGCUAGCUCAUCAUAACACACAAUUUUAAAAUGCAAACAAUUCAAAACAUGGCUAAUAUUUAUAUGGAGUAGCAACAGAUUGAAUAUUUGAUAAAAAAACAACAACAACAAAAAAAAAAACACAAGUGUCAUUACCAUGAAAAUCAAACCCUUGCCCUUAGCCCUUAACCUUAACCUUAUGGAGCAUUGGGACACCCCUUUGCUUGACGUGAACGUGCAAAACCGAGGGCUAAGGAAUAAGACAAGGGCUAAGGAGUACAAUUGGGAUUGGCCCUAAGUUUCAUGCAAAUAUGCAAACAUACACGAAUACAGCCAGGACUUUACCAGGACAGUGGACUUCACAAUCUGAUUUAGAGUGUGUGCAGAGUGUUGAGCUUUAUCCUGCGGGGCUGAUUGGUGUUAGGGCUGCAGGUGAGAGGCUGGAGACAGAUAAAACAGGUGGAUGGUAAUCACGGGAAGGCCACACCUGCACCAUCACACACAAGACGAAUACGGGAGGACAUAUAGUAUACACAGAGGAGAGGGAACAUCAGAGGAUACGGGGAAAUUGAGGUUGGAAGUUCAGACUGUGAUGGAAUGUGUGCACAUUUUUAGGUCCAGAAGGUUUUGACUAACUGCUUUAAAAUCAGCUGAUGCUCACCUGUUUUUUUCAGGUAUCUGAAGAUAGUCCAUCCUCUGGGAACUCACAUCCUACAAACAGUUCGAGCCGCCCACAUCCUCUCCACACUUACCUGGAUUUUCCUCUUGGCCAUGACAGCAGCUUAUACCACCCUGUCGCUCCUCACUCAGGAGUCGUGGACAUCUGUCUCGGGCACGUUGAGCUGUGAGAGUCUGCACAGCAAAGAUCUCAGCCGCUAUUACAGGGUUGUCCACAUCUGCUUGGCAGCCAUCUUCAUUCUGGUCCUUGUCUCCUUGGUCUUCUUCUAUUACAGCACUUCCCGCAGGCUGGCGGCUGCACAGCAGAGGCAGCCGGCAUCCUCUGGCUCCAAGAAGCUUGCCAAGUCUCGCAGAAACAUGUUGGUUCUGGUCAGCGUCUUCUGCAUCUGCUUUGUCCCAUACCACCUGGUCCGGCUGCCAUACGCUUUCCUUAAGAAGAAGUGCUCGUGGAAUCAGACUUUUUUCUACCUGAAGGAGCUGACCGUCAUGUUGUCAGUGCUCAACGUCUGCCUCGACCCGCUCAUCUAUUUUAUUUUCUGCAAAGCCUUCAGGGCCCAGUUGAGUCUGAAGAGGGUGUUCAGCACUGAGCAGGACCCAACUCACGGAGCUGAAGCUGAGGGGAGGAGCAGCUGUGGGCGUACAAGCAUCAUCAUGUUCAACAGGAAGAUGUCGCUCACUACCAUGAAGACGAACAGCGUGCUGUAGGUCCAAAUGAGCAAAAACCAACACAGUUGUACCAAAAUAAGGUUAUAAUUUCCAUAUCCUUCUUUAUGACGGUGGUUUCACUGUCGCACAGCUCUGCAGUUGGAUUACCCCUCUAAAUCUGUGGGAUGUCCAUGAAAACGAUGGGUUCUGUUUCAGUCACAGCUUUGAGGUGGUAACUACACAGAAACCAUAUAACUGCUGUACCUGCCAUUAUGCUUUUGCCCAGAAAAUCCUCUGAACUCUGAAGAGCUCUGCUUUCUGGACAGGCAAGAAAGAAGGGAUAACUCUCAGAUUUUGACCCACCAGAUUUUGGCCUCAUGUAGUUGAGGAGCUGUUGAUGAUUAAAAGGCUCUAAAUAAGUAUAAAAUUUAAAAAAAGGGGUCUGAUUCUGGAUCAGAUAUGGGUGUUCUGGAUUAGGCUCUUCUGGAAAGCUCACCAAAAUUAUUCAGGUCACAGAGGCUCAGUUUGUGCAAAAUACAGCAAGACAAAUGCUAAGAAAAGCUAAAAUGACCAGUUCUCAGUGAAAAUACAUCACUAAAUAAAUUUUAAGUAUUUUAAAGAUGUGUUAUUUCACUUUGCCCUGUGUAUUUUCGUGAUGUACUCCUUUUAUUUAUUUCUUUGUAAAGCAGUUUGUAACUUGCUUUGAAAAGUCUAUUUUUUAUAUUGAGAAUAAAACAAAACAGUUUUGGCAACAUUUUAUAAAUAUGGUCAUGAGUUUAUUUUGUAAUUUAAAAUAUACAGCAGGUAUAUUUUAAACAUUAUGUAGCAUUUAUCAAUAGUGACUUUGAUGAAUGCAGUCUUUGUACUUUUAUCAGGUUGAAUAAUUGUGUAGAAGAUAACAGACUGAUAGAGGAAGUUUAAUUGAGUUAGCUCAAACAAUACAACUUAUUGUUUCCGAAAUUAAUUCACAACCUACUGAAAUUAACACCACACAUAAAAAUAUACUUUAUUUUUUGCUUUUUACCACAACUUCCUCUAUUGACAUUUGUUAAUAAAGGGAAGUUGUCACACCUGGUGACUGCCUCAUGGAUGUGCUCAGCAUUGUAUUGUACUCUAUCAAAGUUUGACUCACGUUUUUUAUAUUUACUAUAAUGAAGAAGUGAGAAAGUAAGAAAAUGAAAGCUUAUGUGAUUCAUUAAGAGUGUAAUUUUGUAUCUUGUCCAGCAAGUGGCAGCAGUCAUCAGUGUUAAUGCAGCUCAAGGUGGUAAUAGGCAAAAUGAUACAAAAAAUGACUCAAUUUAAAACACACAAUUUAAAAAGUGAAGACACAAAUGUUUGAUGUACCAAAAUUAACUGAAGCACAAUGUUUAACAUGAUAAUGGACUUCAAAUGAGAAUAUGUUGAUAAUUUUUUUUUCAUAUUUUAUGUUGUUUUCUAUAGUUUUAUAAAGAGAUGUUUCUUUUUCUGUCAUAAACUAAAUUAAAUUACUGUCAAUUGUCAA